UUAACAGAAGUCAAAUUAAGUGGUCGGCGGCUACGGAGCCUUAGCUAGUUUGGGGACACGCUGCUAGGCCACAGACGCAAAUAAAUCAAAAUGGCAGGCCAAGAAAUUCGUCUCAACCACACUAUCUACAUCAACAACCUCAACGAGAAGAUUAAAAAAGACGAGCUAAAGAAGUCCUUGUACGCCAUCUUCUCCCAGUUUGGGCAAAUCCUGGACAUCCUGGUAUCUCGCUCCCUGAAGAUGAGGGGACAGGCUUUUGUUAUUUUCAAAGAGGUCAACAGUGCCUCCAAUGCCCUGCGGUCCAUGCAGGGCUUCCCAUUUUACGACAAACCCAUGCGCAUCCAGUACGCCAAGACAGACUCCGACAUCAUCGCCAAGAUGAAGGGCACCUACGUGGAGCGUGACCGCAAAAAAGAGAAGCGCAAGGGCAAGGGUGCAGAUGCAGUGGGGGGAAAGAAGGGGGUUGCUGCAGCCGCGGCUGCCAUGGGUCCCGGAGUCCCCACACCCAUGCCUGGAAUGCCGCCGAUGAGCCAGGCCCCACGGAUGAUGCCCAUGCCUGGACAGCCCCCCUACAUGCCCCCGCCUGGCAUGAUGCCACCCCCAGGCAUGGGCCCUGGGCAGAUGCCCCCUGGGGCUAUGCCUCCUGGCCAGAUGAUGCCAGGUCAAAUGCCAGGACAGAUGGCUCAUGCCCAACAGGUGUCAGAGAACCCGCCCAACCACAUCCUGUUCCUCACCAACCUCCCGGAGGAGACCAACGAGCUCAUGCUGUCCAUGCUCUUCAAUCAGUUCCCAGGGUUCAAGGAAGUACGCCUGGUGCCAGGGCGCCACGACAUCGCCUUUGUGGAGUUUGAUAACGAGGUGCAGGCAGGCGCAGCCCGAGAGGCCCUGCAGGGAUUCAAGAUCACCCAAACCAACGCAAUGAAAAUCUCAUUUGCUAAAAAAUAACGCAGGGAACCCAGCUUAAUGACACACAAAAACCCUUGGAAGUCGUGUGUGCACAAUGACAUGGUAACGGCACGGUCACAAGGAAAUCGCAUCCAUGCAGACGAUGUCAAGGAAAUCUCCCUAGGUAAAGAAAAUAAAUCUUACAUAGACAGGGCACACAGGCAGCCCAGCUUCUGCCCAUAAAAUAAAUCACCCUGCAUAUAAUACAAAGAGAUCUGGCUCCUACCCGUAGCAGGAAAAGGUAAGACUUUCAUGAUGUGUGCUUCAUGAUGCCAGUAAGCAGGAAAUAGAUUGGUCUGUCUCUCCACUGUCUGACAGAAUAGGAAACGGCUCUAUUUUACCCAUUAAAUUAGAUUUCCAAUUUGUCUCCCCUUCCAACUAAAAGAUUAGAUUCACUUUCAGCAAACAUUGUUUACAGGGGGUUUAGAAGAAGGGGCACAGUGGGAAACAGGUAAUGUUCAUGUUUAUUUAAUGCCCCUGUCUUUUUCCUACGUCAGAAGAUCGGAGGAUUCCUGUUGUAAGCAUGGUUUAUUCUUUUACAGUUGAAUUUUUUAUAUAUAUAUGAAUCAAAAGCAUUGCACCCAGAGUCUGGGCCACCAGACAUUGUAC